CGACGACGAUAACGACAAGGACGGCGUCAACGACGACGACCCUCACGACAAAUACGUGUCAGCAAAGACGUGUCAAUUAGGAAAUAAAAAUAGUGGUGUUAUCGCUACACCGUCUAUAUUUUACAGAAUAUUUUAAUACAUUGACAGUGUUCAAUGUAGUAAUUGAGAAAUUGCAUGCAUAAACAAGACACCCCAGACAUAAUGGAUCUUACAAACAAUGGAACAUCAGGGGGUGCAGUGGCUUGUCCAGUUUGUACCCUCUAUUUGCGCGAGGGUAUCAGCUUACAAAGACAUUUGGAUACUCAUCCAAAGGAACAAGUCAUUGAGGCUCUUAUCAAAGCUAGUAAUAAUUCUUCACAGUUACAACCAGCUCAGUUGUCACCAUCUCCAGCUCCAGCCUCUCCAUCUGUACAAUCGCCUCAAAGUACACAGCCAGUUACACAGAAUACUCAUCUAUCGACUCAGUCUCCAUAUCCUAUAGGACCCAUCUUUGAGUGUCCGCCGAUUGGUACAAUGAUGCCGCCUCAAUUUGCAUCGUUUAGUUAUCAGCAGUUUGUGAAUAAUGGCACUAUGAUGAUACCACAAUAUGCAAUGGCUCCUCAAGCUAAUCAGAUGAUGCAGAUGCUAUACAAUCCAUAUGGUAUGUACCAACAACAACAGAUACCAACUGUUCAGAUGAUCUCACCGGUCGCGGCUAUACCUAAUACAUCUAGAGUUAGGCCAGUAUCAACCAUGGCUGGUGAAACAAAUGGUAGGACUGCCAUUGCUGUACCUGUAAAUAAUUCCGAGCCAAAACAAAUCUUACCUGAAAUUUUGCCUGAACCAGAACAAGAAUCUGAACAAGUGUUACCAGACAUCAAUCUUCCAGUUUCUCCUUCGGCGUUGAAUGAAGACAAUUCUAUGCAGCAAAAUGAAAGUGAAGCUAGUAUAAUUCAAGUAGAAACUGAAGAACAUGAAUCACCUACCUCAGGUAAUGAAGAUCAGCAUAAUAUUCAGAAUGAAUAUAAUAGCAUUCCAAGAACAUUGGCAAUCACUUGUACCGUUGAGGCUACUGCAGACGACAAAGUUGAAAGUGUGUUACCUGACAUGGAUGAUGGUGAGUCUUUGUGUGCUGUUACUACAGAUGUUCAAUGUAAACCUAUGCAAUAUGAACCCUCAGACGCGCAAGAGUAUGUUCACAGAUAUGAAGAUGAAGAUGAUAAUGAUAAAGUUGUUAUGCCUAAAGUAUCACCUACUACAGCAGAGAAGGAAACUGAAGAAACAACUAUAGAAAAAGUUCCUUGUCGAGAAGAAGUGAAUGAAACUGAAGGUACCUCAUCGCAGACACCUGCAGAAGAUACAAUAAAAGAGACAGAUCAGUCUGCAGCAGAACAAUUUGAACAUUUUUUAAUCACUAUUAUGGAAUCUGAAUUUAAUAAUGAAUCACAUAAAAAGUCGAAUAGUGAGGAUGAAGCAAAGAAAGAAACAGGUCCAAAAGAAAGCCCUCCUUCUUCUUCACCAGAGAGAGCAGAAAGCGUGAUUCAUGAAACAGCAGCCAAUAGUUCCCAUGAACACGAGAACAGUUGUAAGUCUGAUAUAGAAAUAAAAGUUAGCGAAAAUUCAGAGAUCGAUGUAGAUAAUGAAGAAAAUAAGAAUUCAAGUCUUUCAUAUUGUUAUAAGAACAGUAUAUCUGCACCUCCAUCACCAGUUGUACUAAAAAGACCUCGUAGGACUUACUCUGUUCGUUCAGAAUUCGGUUCCAAUGAGAAUCUUAACUCUUAUCCAGCUGGUUUUGAUGCAAACACAUUACAAGACGAAGAAGAUGAUGAAGAUGAAAAGAAUGAAACAGAAGAUAACUUUCAUGAAGCAGAUAUGGAAAUAGAAGACAUCCAGAGUCCUCACACACCUUUCAUUAAAUACGGAGAGAGUACAGACCAUGUUAGGUCUCACACCCCGCUAUCUGUGAGCAGUGGUAUCUCUGUACUAAGAGUUCGAAAAGAUCUGAGUAAACCGUGUUCACCUGCUUCGGUGCAUUCAUUUUGUCACAUGGACACUAAUGACAUAAGUCAUGAUGAAGAAAGCAAUGCAGCAAUGGAUGCGUCGCCGGAAAAAGAUCCUAUCGAUUGUUCUUCUAAUGAACAAGAUGUGAAAGUGGAUCAAUCGGAAGUUUCCUUGAAUGAAAAUACCGAGAAGAAAAUGGAAGGGAAUUCAUCAUAUCAAUCUGUAAUCACUGAACAUGUGAGCUCAUUUCCUACAAUUUCGCAACAAUCGACAUCGUCGCAUGAACCAUAUACUAGUACACCAAAUAAAAGUAAUCUUGUAAGUCUGUCAGAAUCUAUCGAUGUUGCGAGUAGCUCUGAUUCAAAGAGUUUCCAUUCUUCUAAAUCAAUUAUCCAAAAGCCAUCAAUGGAACUUCUUAGUUUAAACGAGGAUGCUCAUGCAGGUCCAAUGAAUGUUUUUGAAUUUGAUGGACUUCAGAUCUUAGUUCCUAGUACAUUUAUAAGUGAUUCUUCACAAAAAGCUGUUAGUGCGACCAGUCAACAAUCUAUGGCAAGUAGCGAAGGUGGAGUGGGUAUAGAUGAAGAGGUUAAGAGCAUUAACAUGAGAGCAGAUGAAACAAUGCCACCAAGAGGUGAACUAUCAGAACAGGAAAGCAAUGAAUGUACAGAACAGUCUGCUUGGCAGCUGUAUGCUGGUCAGGAGUCGUCGCGCAUGUCAACCUCUUACGACUUGAUGGCCCGCGAGAGUUGGGAAGAAUCUGAAGGAUCAGACAAUGAAAUUAGCGGGCCGCUGUUAGAUAGUAGAUCUUUAGCUACACACUUUACGUCAAGUUUAUUCCUAGAUCGCGAUAGGAAAACUCCCACAAAAAGAACAUUCAAGUGUUAUCAUUGUCCAGAGGUAUUCGAUUGUCCAAAAGAACGCAGAGUACAUAGUACUACUACGCACAAAGAAGCCGGACCUAGUAGUAGCAGAGAUUCCACGGAUCAACCUGAGGUGAAGGAUAUCAAAUUACUAGAUGGCCGCAUGAACGCAUUUGAGGAUAUUUUUGUACCGGGUUUACAUGUUCAACAAGUUUAUCAUCAACAGCCGCUAUUACAUCAACUCCAGCCACCGCAAUCGUCGGAAGUGACUGCAAAAGCCGAACCGGAUCAAAAAAUCGAAACCCUAGUGUUACCAUCGAACAUCGAGGUAGUUUGUACGCUGUGCAAUCAACGAUUCAAUAGUGAAAAAUCAUUGCAGCUACACCACAGAAGAGUACAUCUUGCGGAAGUAUCGAAACGGAUCCGUGACAGUACCAAGUGCCAGAUAUGCCAAGAAGAGUUUCCAUCAGUUCUAUUAUUCAAUGCCCACCUAAAAAUACACCCAUUAGAAUGUGGUCAAUGCGGAAAGUAUUUUUAUAGGAAACAAAACUUCAAGUUACACAUGAAACGACAUCUAGGAAUAAAACCGUUCCCUUGUACUGUCUGCGACAAAGCAUUUCUAACCAAGCAGAAACUGGACGAGCAUACUAAUGGACAUACCGGGAACGCGCCUGUUAAGUGUAAUCUUUGCAAUGAAACGUUUCGUAGAUAUUCGAAUUUAACGCAGCAUAAGAAUCGACAUCAUCUGAACAUAAAAAAGAAAUUGAAGGAUUAUAUAUGUCACUGCGGCGAGGUGUUCCAUACGAAGAAGAAAUUGGCUUGGCAUAAAGAGACGCACGACGAGAAACCGAAAGCGUGUACGUACUGUAACGAAAGAUUCAUUCAUAUGGCCAGUCUGACCCGACACAUGCGCCGUGCACACAAUAGAAGAUUCGUUCCGGAUGCUCAAAGGGAGAGCGAAAACGUUGAAUGUCCCAUAUGUAAGUGUAUUUAUUUGCGAUCUUCCCUAGCGGUACACAUGCGAGUUCAUAACGGCGAGAGACCGUACGAAUGUCAAGUUUGUUCUAAAGCGUUUAGUACUAAGUGGAAUUUACAAUUGCACAAAUGGACACACGCUGCCCGUAGCACCAAACCUUUCAAAUGUAAUCAGUGUAGUGCUGCAUUUUACCGGCACAGCGAUUAUACCGCUCACAUGAAUUCACAUAGAAAUGUGCGUCCUUACACUUGCAAUUAUUGCGGAGCGCAGUUUAUACGAAAGUAUAAUUGUUUAAGGCAUGUCAAAGAGCACGAGGAGAACAAAGCGUAUACAUGCGACGUUUGCAACAAAACAUUUCAUAGAUCGUACUACCUGAAGGAACACCUGCGGGUACAUUCGGGCGCCAGACCAUACACGUGUCAUAUUUGCGGGAAAUCGAGCGGUACGAAGUCGAACCACAACAAACACGUCAGAAUCCAUCAUGCGCGAGAGCCUGUAAAUACCGAAAAUUAAAAAAAUAACGAACGAGAGUUUUAAUCCAUUUAGUCAAUAUCAAUGUU